CUCAUCAAGGAAACGCGGUCAAUUCCUUCGAACUUCUCUUUCACUUCCUGUUUAUGUGGCAAAGUAGCAAAACACAUCCUCGCAAAAACUCGAAAUUUUCUAACCUAAUUUCACAAUGGCUACAUCUCUCGAACAACUAAAACAACAUACAAUAGUGGUUGCAGAUACUGGAGAUUUUAAAGGUAUUGUCCUUUGCUUUAUUUUACUAAAAAAAAACCCGUCAAAAGUAUGACAUUUUUGACAUAAAUUCAUUUGCAGCUAUUGAUCAAUUUAAACCCACUGAUGCCACAACGAACCCAAGUUUGCUCUUAGCGGCUUCAAAAAUGCCGGAGUAUAAACACAUUUUGGACGCAGCUAUAAAACACGGGAAGAAUAGCUCUCAGUAAGUUGAAAUAUUGUACAUUUUUACUUAAAAAUUGUUGCAGAUUUGUGCAAAUGUGGGGUGUCAAUUUAUGGAUACAUAAUGUAAUAUAUGAGCAGUUUACUACGCCAAUUUUAAAUUGCAAUAUUUUUGUUUAUAUUCAAUUUAUAGCUUUAUUUAUAAGGUUUUCUACAGAAAUGAGAAAUACAAACAAUUUAUAUGAUAUUGAUUUGAAAAUGCAAUUUGUAGACAAAACUGUACAGAUUUAGUCAAGUUCAUUUGAAUAUUACAUAAUUUCCUACCCUGCCAGCAGACUAUUGAAUAAGGCAGAGGGUCUGCCAAAAUUGUGCUGUUUCUUGCACAGCCUCGCUAUUUCUGCAAAGCUUUCUUACACAGUAAUGAGUAAAGUGUAUUCUGAUGAUAGUCAAAUUAACACCCACACUUAGCCCACAGCCAGUAAAAUUGUCUUGUGUUAUAACAUGGAUAAUAAAAUAAAUGGAUAUGAAACUAGCUGACGUGACCUAAUGUUUUUACUGGGAUUGAUGGCGUGGUUGGAUGCCUCAACCUAGUUGAAAAUCAAAUUCUCAAAAACGGCAUGUUUAGCAAUAAUACAGCUAAAAAUUUUAGUCAAAGAGCAAAUAAAUGUAACCACGCCAUUCUACGAUGAAAACUCUAAGUAUUCCCAGUCAAUUUUAGCAAAUAUUUCAAGCACUAAACAGUGAAAAAUACAUCGCAAAUUUUGUUAAAAUUUGUGACGCCAAUUUCGUAGCUACAAAUGUAAAAAAAUUCAAAACAAAGACGAAAAACAUUUACCUUGAAUACUUUGUCAUGGCUUAGGCAUGUUUUUAAAACAAUUAGACCAGUUUACGCUUCAAGAUCACCCUUUUAAAGUGGAAAAUAUAGCAAAACAACAAAUAUGCCGAGAACUUUGGUAACAUUCGCAAUACGCGUGACGUCACGUUUUUCAACAAGGAUGCAGUCAAUGACGUCAGAAGUUUCCAAUCCAUUUAUUUUAUUAUCCAUGGUUAUAACAAAGUAUGUAAUUUGAUGUGUAAGUUUGUUCUGUGUAUAGGGACAAAAAUGAACAAGUUGAGGCAACUAUGGAUAUGUUGGUAUGUGUUGAAAUGUCCACUUAAUACACAGACAUGAAACUUAAACAUACUGACGUUGUCAAUGUCUUGAUGAUUAUCAAAAUAUUUAAAUGCUGUUGUUCUUAUAGUAUGUAUUGUUUGGCAAAGAGAUUCUCAAAAUUGUCCCUGGACGAGUUUCAACUGAGGUUGAUGCCAGGUAGAUAUACCGUAUACCUAUGAAAUUUAAUACAGCAACAUAUGUCUGCUUUAUUGAUAUUUAAAUACAAUAUACAAAGCAACAUUUUAUUGUAUUUUAUUAUUUCAUAUUUUCAGACUAUCAUUUGACAAGGAAGGACAAAUAGAGAAGGCUCGACGUUUGAUUGCAAUGUACGAGAAAGAUGACAUUGGUCGAGAAAGAAUACUCAUAAAACUUAGUUCAACAUGGGAGGGAAUAAAAGCUGCUGAGUAAGUUCAGUUUAAGGUUUUUGUUUCAUACCAAAGUUUAGACCUCCUCAAUCACCAGCUGCAUGUACCCCUUCCCCAUUGACCCCCCUGUUUACCCCUUCCCCCACCCACAUUUCUUCAAUCAAUAGUUGUGUCCUUCACUGCAACUGCUAGCUGAGUACACCCCCACCCUACCAGAUCAAGUCUAAUGUAUCCCUGAAGCAUAUCCCUCCCUUUACCUGUAAAGUUGUGGCCAGCUUGCAAUGUAUAGUGAUAUUACAUAGAGAAUAAUACAUGGGUGCACGGAAAUACCAGAUUUAUUUCGAGUGUUGAACAUGAUAUCUCACUAGUGAGCGCAGCGAACAAGUGAGAUAUCAUGUUCAACACGAAAAAUAAAUCCGGUAUUUCCAAGCACCCAUGUAUUAUAUAAACAAAAUUCAGUGAAAAACAAUAUAAAAACGUCUGUGGUAAUGCGUUUUACAACAAAUGAUAUUUUCACACAUAAAAAUAUUGUAUUUUUUACGUGUGUUUAAAUACGAUUUUUCUCAGUGGCCAAAAACUCUAUAUAACACUUAUGUUUAUAUAAUAAAUAUCAUUAAUAAAUUUCAGAGUUCUGGAAAAGGAAGGAAUUCAUUGCAAUAUGACACUACUUUUUUGUCUUGCACAGGUAUUUCCUGUCAUUUAAUUGCUCAUUUGUUCAUUCAUUCAUUUGUAUAUUUUAUUCAUUUGUGUAUUUUAUUCUUUUCAUUUAUUUGUAAGUGCAUUGAUUCACUGCCAGUUCAUUUAUUUCAGGCAGUUUCAUGUGCCGAGGCAGGUGUAACACUAAUAUCCCCAUUUGUUGGACGUAUUUUUGACUGGUUUGUCAAAAACACUGAUCAGAAAUCCUAUGCUCCGGCUGAUGACCCAGGUAAGAAUGUUACAGUAUUUUAAACUUUUUCAUUGUUGUUACUUGCUACGAACUAGAUUUCCCCUCAGAUUCAUUCCAGUAUGUCUUCACCAAACACCAAAAUACUUAGACCUGUAGGAAUAUCCAGUAUAAAUGAAGUGAUGUCCCUUACUUGACCUCUAGAAAGAACAGUUUAGAACUGGUAGAGCUAUCCAGUAUAAAUAAAUUAGUUUAGUUUAGGUUUCCUCCUGUAGCAACACUGGAUCAAUAAGAGAUGAUCCUUACUGGAUCUCUAGGAAGAACAGUUUAGAACUGAUAGAACUAUCCAGUAUAAAUAAAGUUAGUUUAUGUUUCCUCCUGUAGUAACACUGAAUCAAUAAGAGAUGAUUCUUACUGGACCUCUAGGAAGAACAGUUUAGAACUGAUAGAGCUAUCCAGUAUAAAUAAAGUUAAUUUAGUUUAGGUUUCCUCCUGUAGUAACACUGGAUCAAUAAGAGAUGAUCCUUACUGGACCUCUAGGAAGAACAGCUUAGAACUGAUAGAGCUAUCCAGUAUAAAUAAAGUUAGUUUAGUUUAGGUUUCCUCCUGUAGUAACACUGGAUCAAUAAGAGAUGAUCCUUACUGGACCUCUAGGAAGAACAGUUUAGAACUGAUAGAGCUAUCCAGUAUAAAUAAAGUUAGUUUCGUUUAGGUUUCCUCCUGUAGUAACACUGGAUCAAUAAGAGAUGAUUCUUACUGGACCUCUAGAAUGAACAGUUUAAAACUGAGAGCUAUCCAGUAUAAAUAAAGUUAGUUUAGUGUAGGUUUUCUCUUGUGUAGUAACACUGGCCAAGUUCUCAUCCAUUCAGUUUUUGUCUCCAAGGUGUGAAGAGUGUAACUGCGAUCUACAAUUACUACAAGAAGUUUGGCUACAAGACAGUUGUGAUGGGAGCAUCAUUUAGAAACACAGGCCAGAUAACUGAAUUAGCUGGAUGUGAUCUUUUGACAAUAAGGUAAUGUAGCUAACUAGACUAUGGUUUGUGUCUAAACUCCCUUACUCCUCCCAAAUAUUAUUUUUUGAUAAGGGCAUGGUAACGCUACUAUCUGAUGAAGGGUCUCCUUAUUAGAAAUGUCCAAGUGUUAAACUUGUGUAGUGUCAAUAUAUGUGGUGUAAAUAUUAUGUUUUCCUUUUGGUUUUUACAGCCCAAAAUUGCUAGAAUCCCUGAGUUCUUCAAAGGAGACGGUUGAACGAAAAUUAUCACCAGAAGCUGGUAUGCCAAUUAAUACUGUACAAUUAAUUGAGUUUUGAUUCAUGAAUUUAAUGUUCAAUAAGUAAGUAGGGUGUGCGUUAAUCAUCCUUAUACUUGCUCAACUCCUUGGUUAAUCUGUCACCUGCACCUCUUAUUCAAUUUAUUAAUAAUUUCAUUUCAGCGGCCAAGGCGGACAUUGAGAAACUACAUUUAGAUGAGAAAGCUUUCAGAUGGCUGCUCAACGAGGAUGCGAUGGCCACGGAAAAAUUAUCUGAAGGGAUUCGGAAGUUUGCUGCAGAUUCGGUGAAACUAGAAGCUAUGAUUAAGGGAAUCUUUGAGGAAUUCCAGACAAUAACUUUAGACUACGAUUGUUUAGUUUUAUGUAUGCACCACAUCCUUGACUGAUUAACAUUUGUAAUGAUAGAUACAAUCUUUGACAGGUUGGGACAAUCACAUGCUUUCGGUUGUAAUAUAUACCAUUUCUUAACACAUUUAUUCCACCCUCCCUCCCCCCACCCGUUUCAAUGUUGGCGUCUCACGACCAGACAUCAGAUUUUUGUCAGCCCAACAUUGAACUGGGGGAACGGGGGCGUAGCGCAGCCUUUCAAAUUAUGUGAAAUUACAGCACCUGUCCCGAUUUUGUCAACGAUUGUACUAUUGUGGGUAGAAUAUUUCAUUUAGCCCUAGCCUGCGAACAGGCGUUUAUUCAGGUGGGCCUAGUUCUAUAAACGGCUGUUUGCAGACUAAUUAAUAGCCCCAAUUCAUUUGCUGCAUAAUAGUGCUGAUACAGAUAGUGAAACCAGAACCUACUAUAUUUCCUAGUGUAAUAAUUUUGGGCAACAUAACUUAAUGUGAUAGCACUAAAUGUUUGUAGUAAGGUGACGUGAUCACAAUAAUAAAUUUGGUAAAUUUGCACUAAAUUCUCAGGGAUAUUAUGGAAUAUACAUUUAAUACAUAAUAUGAAUAUGAAGAAGCUUUUGUUUUUCCUCUCCCCUUCGCAAUGAAAAUAAUAAAAAUAAACCUCUGGAACCAGGGUAGCUUUUGUUGAGCUAACAAUUACGUCUGCGCAGGAGGCUAGGCUCUAAGUAGACUCCCUACAAAUGCAACUACCUAAAAAUAUAAGGAGAUUAAUU